AUGACGAUGAACCAAAGUAUGGAGAUGUUUGAUGUUAUUGUGGUUGGUGCAGGAUGGUAUGGGUUGAUGGCUGCCCGAACAUUUCUCGAGCUUGCUCCUGAGACGAACCUCCUCAUCCUUGACGACGGCAAGACAGUCGGCGGAGUAUGGUCCAAGGAGCGUAUCUACCCCAGCCUCUUCGCUCAGAUCAGCCACCCUUUGUUCGAGUAUUCCUUCUAUCCCAUGCCAGAGGAGGAUGUAUCACCCGAUGGGUUUGUAUCUGGGAAGACAAUACAGAAAUACCUGGAGAGCUUUGCCAAAGACCAUAACCUGAUGCCUCGGUUGCGUCUCAACACCAGCGUUGAAAAGGUGAAGAGAGGCCCCGAAUCGGAUGGCUGGGUACUCAACAUCAAAGAAAAGGAGCCCUUGGCGUGUCGAAAGCUCAUAUACGCCACGGGUGCCAACUCGAGUCCCAUCAUCCCUCAAUGGCCACGAGAAGACUUUGAAAAGCCUGUUAUCCACUCCCUCGAACUUGGAAAGUACCAGGGUUAUAUAAACGACAGCGCACAGCAUACUGUCGUCGUCGGCCGUUCAAAGUCUUCAUACGAUGCGGUCUAUCAUCUGCUAUGCGCUGGGAAGAAGGUGGACUGGGUGAUGCGUGAUGGAGAAUCUGGCCCAUUUAGCAUCUAUGCGCCAACGUUCAUGGGGCUUUGGAAUAUUGCUGACCAUAUCUCAACUCGAUUUGCCUCGAGCUUCAGUCCCUGUAUCAUGUCUACCUCUGGAAUGUGUUACAACUUCUUCCAGCUAUCUCACGCAGACUACUGGAGAACACCGAAUGCCGAAAAGCUGCGACCUAGGCCCUAUAGCGAUGGAGUAUUUUGGGGGAGUGGUGGUAUUGGCAUCGCUACCGCCCCUGACUUUUGGGAGACGUUCCAUAACGGCGACGUUACUAUUCAUUCGACCGAGAUCGAUACUCUUUCCCACAAGGAUGUCGUGAACCUGAAGAACGGAUACUCCAUCGCGAGCGAUAUCGUGAUUCACUGCACGGGUUUCGAUAAGGGGUACGAUGCAUUCGAACCUAGUCUCAGACGUGAGCUCGGUCUGGAGUAUGACUCCAAAGAAUUCUCCCGAUGGACGAUGCUUGAUGAGAAAGCCGAAAGGACUGUUGACGGGCUUCUGCCAUACCUUCGUGAUGCGCCUAUCCAAUACGGCGACUCCAAAGCAAGUAAGAGAACCGGGCACGGCCCCAACAGACAUUACCGCCGUCUAGUGGUACCUGAGCUGGCAGCGCGGGGUGAUCGAUCGAUUUUGUUUCCCGGGCACAUCCAUUCCGCAUUCACGCCACUUGCAGCUGAGCUCCAAGCGCUUUGGGGCGUGACAUGGAUGCUCGGAUGGCGAGACCUGCCACCAAGAGAAGAGAUGGAGGCUGAGGCCGCAAACUUCAAUGCCUGGACGAGAAAGAGGUAUCUUGAUCAAGGCAAGAAACAUUCGUAUUUCAUAUACGACUACAUUCCUUAUAUCGACACUCUGAUGAAGGACCUCGGGCUCAACCCGUUCCGUAAGAGCAACGUUUUUGAAGAAUGGUUUGUGAGAUAUAAGCCAAGUGACUACAAGACUAUUCUGGACGAGUACAUGAGUCUUCGACGUCAUCAACACGAGAUUGAGGGAACAAAGGCGGAGAACGGAAAGGCUACGUAG